UUCCUGCCUUAGAAAUCCUGGGGCCUUUAAUCCCAGGGAUCAGAAGAAGCCUUCAUUGGGGAACGAGCAUGGAACAAACCUGGAAAUGAAAAGGCAGCAGUGAAGGAAAUGAAAGCACAGCCCAUAUCAUUAGGUGUGCUGGUUUGCAUUCAAGAUGAGCUUGCUGGGAAAUUGUUACCUCUGCAAAGACUGCCCCUGGUCCUGUGGCAGUGAAGGGCAGGUAUAAAAGGCAGCCCAAGUCUCUGCUCCCUCAUCCACUUCUCUUGCUUCCUUCAGCUUGGGAACCAGGUGUACCUGUGGCCUCAAGACAUGUCCUGCAACACCCAGUGCCGUCCUUGCCAGCCCUGUGGUCCCACCCCGCUGGCCAACAGCUGCAAUGAGUGCUGUGUCAGGCAGUGCCAGAGCUCCACCGUUGUGAUUGAGCCUCCUGCUGUGGUGGUGACCCUGCCUGGCCCCAUCCUCAGCUCCUUCCCACAGAACACCGUGGUGGGAUCAUCUACCUCGGCUGCUGUUGGCAACAUCCUCAGCUCUGACGGAGUGCCCAUCAACUCUGGGGGCUUUGACAUCUCCUCCAUCACCAGGCGCUACGGUGGCAACAGAUGUCGUCCCUGCUAA